GUAUCUCCACAGAGCGCACAACCUGCCCUCCCCAUCACCAGUAUUUCCUUCCCUUUGUGGACCAAUAACACGCAGUUUCCCAUCCUCAUCAUCUCAGACAGCUGUUUUCCAAGGAAUACGACAAAAAAAAACAAGAAUUCAAGGAGAUAUCUUCACGCCCAGUUGAAUAUUCUCAUUUUGGAGUUUUAUCUGCUUUCUUGGGAGCGUCUUAGGUGUUUGUUUCUUUUUCUUUGCGCCGGCUGUGUGUGUGUGUGUGUUUUUUUUUCUCAUCUGGUUGAAUUUCCUCUGAGAUGGAAGUGAGAUGUCGUCCAGCGGUGAUGUGUUGUGUUUUUGCCAUCCUCUGCUCCGUGGUUCCCCGGUCGACGGAGUCUUCUUUGGCGGACAGACAGUACCUGAACCAGUGGGCUGUGGAGAUCCCAGACGGAGUGGCCGCUGCGGAGGCGAUAGCCAAAGAACUGGACUACGAACUGGUCCGACAGAUCGGGGCCCUGGAAGACCAUUUCUUGUUCAAACACCGUCGUCAUCCUAGCAGAAUGAAACGAAGUGCCAACCACAUCACCAAGCAGCUGUCAGAGGACGAUCGGGUGUUGUGGGCAGAACAGCAGUAUGAGAAACGUCGGAGCAAGCGAGCAUCUCUGGGGGGAUGCAGAAACUGUCCGGUGGAUAAAUUGUUUGAUGACCCCAUGUGGAACCAGCAGUGGUACCUGCAAGACACACGGACGUCUUCUUCCCUGCCAAAGCUCGACCUGCAUGUGAUCCCCGUGUGGCAGAAAGGCAUCACAGGGAAAGGAGUGGUCAUCACAGUUUUGGAUGACGGGCUGGAGUGGAACCACACAGACAUCUACUCCAACUACGACGCUGCAGCUAGCUACGACUUCAAUGACAAUGACCCAGACCCUUUUCCCAGAUAUGACUCCACCAAUGAAAACAAGCAUGGGACCAGGUGCGCUGGGGAGAUUGCUAUGCAGGCAGACAACAAUAAAUGUGGAGUAGGAGUGGCAUACAACUCCAAGGUUGGAGGUAUCCGAAUGCUGGAUGGUAUUGUAACCGAUGCCAUCGAGGCCAGUUCUAUUGGAUUCAACCCGGACCAUGUGGACAUCUAUAGCGCCAGUUGGGGGCCCAACGAUGAUGGCAAGACCGUGGAGGGCCCAGGGCGUCUGGCUCAGAAGGCUUUUGAGUAUGGAAUCCAGAAGGGACGUGGAGGAAAAGGCUCUAUAUUUGUCUGGGCAUCAGGUAAUGGGGGCCGGCAGGGCGACAACUGUGACUGUGAUGGCUACACAGACAGCAUCUACACUAUCUCAAUCAGUAGCGCCUCCCAGCAGGGCCUGUCCCCAUGGUACGCAGAGAAAUGCUCCUCCACCCUGGCCACAGCGUACAGCAGUGGAGACUACACCGACCAGAGGAUUACCAGUGCUGAUCUCCACAAUGAAUGCACCCAGACUCAUACUGGAACGUCAGCCUCUGCCCCUCUGGCUGCUGGAAUAUUUGCCCUUGCACUGGAACAAAAUCCAGACCUCACCUGGAGAGACCUGCAACACAUUGUGGUCUGGACCUCAGAGUAUGAUCCUUUGGCUAAUAAUCCAGGCUGGAAGAGAAACGGGGCAGGGUUGAUGGUCAACAGUCGCUUUGGGUUUGGGCUUCUUAAUGCCAAAGCACUGGUGGACCUCGCCGACCCAGUCACAUGGAAACAUGUACCAGAAAAGAAGCAAUGUAUCGUCAGGGAUGACUCAUUCCAGCCCAGGGAGCUGAAAGCGGCAGGGGAGAUCACUAUAGAGAUUCCAACCAAAGCCUGUGCAGGGCAGGAGAACGCAGUCCGCUCAUUGGAGCAUGUGCAGGUGGAGGCCAGCAUCGAAUACACCAGAAGAGGGGACCUGCACAUCACACUCACCUCUCCAGCUGGCACUAAUACAGUGCUUCUGGCUGAACGGGAGAGGGACACAUCCUCUAAUGGCUUCAGAAACUGGGACUUCAUGUCUGUGCAUACAUGGGGAGAAGAUCCUGCUGGUACAUGGACACUAAAGAUCACAGACACAUCGGGCCGCAUGGAGAAUGAGGGUCGGAUUUUGAACUGGAAGCUCAUUCUCCAUGGAACAUCAGAGAAGCCAGAGCACAUGAAGAAACCGAGAGUAUACAUUCCAUACAACGCUGUGCAGAAUGACAGGCGUGGUGUUGAACAUAUGGACGACAUGAUAGAGGAGCCAACACAGGCCCAUGCACCUCCAAAGACCGAGACUGCACCAGCCUCCUCUCCUUCCACCCCCGAAAAGGAACCUAAAAAGCCAUCCAGCUCCCCAUACUCCCCUUCCCUCGCCCUGCUGCGUCUCCUGCAGACAGCUUUCAACAGGCAGACCCCAUCCAUGCAGAAGCCCCAGUCUGUAGCCUCCCCUGUUUGGAGGAAGGAGCAACCGAGCAGGAGCCUCUCUGCUCCUGCAACAAGAAUACCGCCUCAGAAGCUUUAUCAGGCUCUGGACAUGAUCAACAAGUUACGCGAUGCAGGACAGGACAGUGUCUACAGUGACUACACCGAUGGUUUCUACAGCACCAAACCAUACAGGCACAGAGACGACCGACUGCUGCAGGCGCUGUUUGAUAUGAUAGAUGAUGAUCGUAUAUGAAGAGAGGAGAGGAGAGGAGAGGAGAGGAGAGGAGAGGAGAGGAGAGGAGAGAGGAGGGAAGGGAUCAGGCUUUGGAGGAGUGGAAGAGAAGAAAAGAAAUACAGGAAAGAGAACUCUUCCUCAGAGUUGUUUUUUUUCCCAAAAUGCUGCAUAUCUGAUCUCCUUAUGUUGAUUUGCCAACAACCAUUCAUUACUUUAGUCUUGGAUUCAUUCAUUUAGUAAUGCAAUGUUGCAGAUAUGUUGUCCCAGGAGUUCAUAUGUCAAAACAUGGACUUGUUUAGAGCCUACCAACUACAAUCUGUAUUUCUGUGUAGUCGAGUGAAAGCAUUUAAAUCAUGAGACAGGAGGGCUUGGACUUCUCUUUGUCUCUCUCUUCACUGCCUGCUCAAGCAUGCCACCUUUAGAGUAUAAGUUUUGUAAUAGUAUCUAUAUAUUAUAAAUAUAUUAUACAAAGACAAUGAUUGUAAUAUGGCUUCAAAAAAAAACUUCACAUCUCAAAUCUCCCCCUUCUAAAUCAAUAAUUGCCAGUUUCUUACUGUAAUUCCAAUUUUUUAUUUCUCAUACAGACUUUUUUCAGUAUGUUGCACACUAACGGGACACUUACUCACUUUAUUCCCUUUAGAGGUCGAUUUGAUGACUUAAAAAACUAACAUUAAGUCAAUAAAUUAGAGCCAGCACAGAAUAAGUGUAAAACUAAAGCUAGAAACUGACCAGCAACUUUCAAAUUGAACUGUGUUGACAAAUGAUUUAUUCUCAGGGUGUCAAUGAAGCUCAUGAAGGAAAUUUCCUCUCUUGAGUGUGGAGAUGAGAAAAUAGGUUAUUAAAAUUGUAGAGUUGUAAACACUAUUAAAUAAGACAGAGCAUAACAGACCUCUACUAUGAUACUAAUGGAUGACAGGCAGAGAACAGUAAAGGCUUUAAUUAUAUAUUUAAAGAGAAAACACCAACAGAUGAGUCUACUUCUUGUGCAAUUUCUUUAAUUUUCUAUGAGUACGAUGCUGCAUUAAAUACAAUAUUUUUCUAAGAAUCCUCAUAGUUUAUGGAGAUAAUAUAUACAGUAUCCAACCAAUAAUUUUCUUUUGGCACAGUUCAUUCAAUAACUGCAACGUUAGCACAGUUGUUGUGACAACAGAUGAACACUGCCAAAUUCGUUGUUAUCGAAAAGCUUCUCUGUGUAUUUUAAUGAUUGUGCAAAUGGUUAAUAUGUUGCUCGGUCAUGAAUUAUAAAAUGGAGUUCAAACAGUUCAUUGAAUCCUGGAAAGAUCUUUGCAUUAAUAUUAUGAUUAAACUUGGUAUUAUUUAUUUGGUAUUAAUGAAGAUAUGACACCUCAGACACUGACCAGAAAUAUUGUACAAUAGGGGCUCUGCACUUGAACCUUCAAGCACAUUCAUCUUGAACGCCUUAAUAUAUACUGUAAUAAAUGUGCGUGGUGUAGAUCAAUAUACAGAUACUAGUGUAUGUGUUUUUGACAUGAAUAGUAUUGAAGCCUCGAUGCAGAGUCUCUAUCCUCCAGCUUGGAACUGCCUGCCCCACCUCUCUGCUGAUAAGGUGACAGGAAAAAUGAUGAUGUUUGGGGGGAAAAGGCAUUCACCCUGUAAUUUAUCCAUUCUUCAUUGUAGCCCGUGCUGAUUUCUUUAUGUUUUAGUUGCUGACUGACGCUUCAGUCUACAGUUGUUUACACAAACCAACAUUAUGUUGCAAUUUCUGUAUGGAUGUACAAAAAAAUGGAGAUUUAUCGUAAUAAACUGCAAAGUGAC